UUCGAGCGUUACAUAAAGCCAGUUAUAGUUAUGGCAUUUGUUGGCAGUGCAGUUGUUGCCCCGGAGAAUUGCAAAUCAGCAACGGCCCCCGCCAUUCCGUAUCCCAAGUCGGUGGCCUUCAUCAUCAGCAAUGAGUUCUGUGAGCGCUUCAACUACUAUGGAAUGCGCACCAUUUUGGUGCUGUAUCUCACAAACAAACUGGGCUACAAUGAGGAGACCGCCACGGUGCUCUUUCACACGUUCACCAUGCUGGUCUAUAUCUUCCCGCUGAUCGGAGCCCUGAUCGCCGAUGGCUGGCUGGGGAAGUACAAGACGAUUCUGUAUCUGUCGCUGGUCUACAGCCUGGGAGCCAUGGUGGUGUCCUUUGGGGCUGUUCCACUCACGGGAAUGCCAACCAAAGCGGUGACCGUCGUUGGACUCCUGCUGAUAGCAAUCGGAACUGGAGGCAUCAAGCCCUGCGUCUCGGCCUUUGGCGGCGAUCAAUUCUCGCUGCCCGCCCAAAGUCUCCAGCUGGCCAAGUUCUUCUCGCUCUUCUACUUUGCCAUCAACGCAGGAUCCUUGAUCUCGACCACAUUUACCCCUAUUUUAAGAGCCGAUGUCCAUUGUUUUGGGGAUCAGGACUGCUUUUCGCUGGCCUUUGGCGUUCCCGCCGUCCUGAUGAUCAUCUCGGUGGUGAUCUUCAUGGCCGGCAAGCGAUUGUAUCGUUGUCAGCCACCCGCUGGAAACAUGAUCUUCGGGGUGUCGCGCUGCAUCGCGGAUGCCUUCAAGGGCUGGCGAAAGCGGAGGAACUCGGAGCCCAUGGAGAGCUUCCUGGACUACGCCAAGCCGACGGUGGGGACGCGAAUGGUGCGGGAGACCAAGUGCCUGGGCAGGAUUCUGCGCCUCUUCCUGCCCUUCCCCGUCUUCUGGGCCCUCUUCGAUCAGCAGGGCUCGCGCUGGACCUUUCAGGCCACCCGAAUGGACGGCAUGGUGCUGGGCUUCCAGAUCAAACCGGACCAAAUGCAGGUGGUCAAUCCGCUGCUGAUCCUCGGCUUCCUGCCGCUCUUCGACUACAUCGUCUACCCGAUUCUGCGCCGCUGUGGGAUUAGGAGACCCCUGCAGAAGCUGACCAUUGGCCUGCUCUUAGCCGCCUUGGGAUUCUUUUUGUCGGCCGGGCUGGAGAUGAAGAUGGAACAGGCCGCCUUGGGAGCCAUGCCCACGGAACCGGAUGUGGCCCAUCUGAGGAUCUACAAUGGGAUGCCCUGUGGCUAUGAUAUUACCAGCGAAGCUUUGGCAUCUCCGCGGCAUGUGGAGUCUCUGGGAAUGUGGCAGGAUCUAUCGGUGCGUUUGGCCCAGUCCAAGGAGUACGCUUUCCAGGGGAAGCCCUCCUCCGGAAAGUGUCCACCCAUCGCUGGCAAGUUGCAUUUGCAGCCGGGCAAAUCCGUGGGCUAUCUGCUGGCCCAAAACAAGCUGGUGGAGUUUGCCGAUGGCCUGGAGAGCCUGGCAGCCACCGAAACUGGUCGCAGCUCGGUGAGGGCUCUGCUGAACACCCCGGAGAACGAGGGACCUGCCGAGCUGCUGGAGGCCAAGGAGUCACCCAUAUCCCUGGACCCACGCAACGCAUCGCAGCUGUACAGGAUCACACCUGGCCACUCGCAGCUGAACAUCAAUGGCCAGAAGGUGGCCAGCUUGGAGACCAAAGGCGGCGGCCUGUACAGCCUCCUGGUGGCCGGAAGUGCCCGCGAUGGCUACCAAUACAAGCUAGUCGAGGUGGUGCCACCCAGUGCCGUCUCCAUUCUGUGGCAGCUGCCGCAGAUUGUGGUCAUGACCGCCGCCGAGGUGAUGUUCUCGGUGACCGGACUGGAGUUCUCCUACUCCCAGUCGCCGCCCAGCAUGAAGAGCGUCCUGCAGGCCUGCUGGCUGCUCUCGGUGGCCAUCGGCAACAUGAUCGUCGUGGUGAUCGCCGAGUUCAAGUUCACCAGCUCGCAGUCCGGCGAGUUCACCCUCUUCGCCAGCCUCAUGCUGGUGGAUAUGCUCAUCUUCCUGUGGCUGGCCCGCAGCUAUCAGUACAAGGACCAGAGCGAGGACCUCGAGGAGGACGAUGCCAACGAGCCGAGGAGCGAGGAUGUGAUGCAGACAAGGCCCCGGGCCAUCGAGACACCCCAGCGAAGAACCGGCGGCGGCUUGGAGGCCGAACUGGGCUACGGGGCGUAUCGCAAUCACGCCUACGAUAACGAUUUCUCGGAGGCCUAAUCCAAAGGGAAACCCACAUCCAUAAACCCUCAUUUUUCCCCCUCAUUAGUCGUAGCCAAAACUCUUGUAUUUAUUUUAUUUGUUCGCAUUUAUUUGUUUAGUCGGCUGUAAAUACGUUCGUUUGUACGAGUAUUCUGUAUAUGCAUUUUUUUUACCCAAUUGUUAUGUAAAUACAUUUUAUACGUUUUAUUAUA